AUGGCCCGAAUCCGCGGCGACAUCCACCCCCUUGCGCCGCACAAGACGCUCCGCCCCGAGGCUAAGGUCGACGACAGCUUUCUGACGAACAAGAAGGACAAGCGCACGAUGAAACACAGUGCUUUUGUCAGCAAGGUCGAGAAGGCCAACAAGAAGCCCCUCAAGCGCCGCCGCCCGAACAAGAAGCUCGUCACCACGAUGGAAUCCCUCGCCGACGCCCUUCCGGACCUCGACGAGAACGCGCAGACGCUGGAGCAGCUUCGUGAGGGCAAAGUGCGCCACAAGAGUCUGAAGAGCAGACCCGGCGCGCUGAAGCGCAAGGAGAAGGUUGUGAGGGGCGAGAUGCAGCGGUUCGGCGCAAGUAUGGCCGCGUUGGCCUCCGUGCCUGCUGCGGCGGCGGCUGCGCCUGCAGGCUCGAUGGCGGUGGAGAAGUCGGCGACCGCAGAGGCUGAGGAGGCGACGCCUAAUGCGACGGCGAACCGGUGGGCCGCGUUGAGAAAGCACAUUUCGAGCACCAUGGAGCAAAACCCCGCUUUCAGCGCAUAA